ACAACAGAUUUUAAUAGUUGAGAGAAUCAGAGCAGAACUGGACCACACCACUGGAGUAGAGUAGAGUAGAGACAAAUUUCAAAGUCAAGAUUCAAGAUUAGGCGGAGACUUCUGUCGUUUCGAUUUUUCAAAACCCAAAAUCACCAAAGUUUCAAUUGAUUGAGGAACAACAACAAGAAGAAGAAACAAUGGCAGAGACCAAGUUGGUACACUCCCCAUUAAUCACUUAUGCAUCAAUGCUCACUCUCCUAUCUUUCACACCCCCUUUUGUAAUUCUCAUGUGGUAUACAAAUGUACACGCUGAUGGGUCUAUCUUGAAAACAUUCAAUCACCUAAGGGAAAAUGGCUUGCAAGGAUUAAUCGAUAUUUGGCCAAAACCUACUGCAAUUGCUGGGAAGCUAAUCAUUUGUUAUGCUCUAUUUGAGGCUGCACUACAACUUCUAUUGCCUGGUAAAAGGGUCGAAGGCCCAAUAUCUCCAACUGGACAUAGGCCUGUCUAUAAGGCUAACGGCAUGGCAGCAUAUGCAGUGACACUGAUCACAUAUAUCAGUCUCUGGUGGUUUGGAAUAUUCAAUCCUGCAAUUGUUUAUGACCAUCUGGGCGAGAUUUUGUCUACACUUAUUUUUGGGAGCUUAGUCUUCUGUGUUUUAUUGUACAUUAAAGGUCAUGUUGCACCAUCUUCCACUGAUUCCGGUUCAUCAGGGAACAUAAUAGUUGAUUUCUACUGGGGGAUGGAGCUAUAUCCUCGUAUUGGCAAACACUUCGAUAUUAAAGUCUUCACAAAUUGCAGAUUCGGCAUGAUGUCUUGGGCAGUUCUUGCUGUCACUUAUUGCAUAAAGCAGCAUGAAGAAUACGGACGUGUAUCUGAUUCCAUGCUAGUAAAUACUAUAUUGAUGUUGGUGUAUGUCACAAAGUUUUUUUGGUGGGAAGCUGGCUACUGGAACACAAUGGAUAUUGCACAUGACAGAGCUGGUUUUUAUAUAUGUUGGGGAUGCUUGGUAUGGGUUCCAAGCAUAUAUACUUCUCCUGGAAUGUACCUUGUUAAACAGCCUGUGAAUCUGGGGCUUCAGCUUUCCCUUUAUAUACUAGUAGCUGGUCUUCUCUGCAUAUAUAUCAACUAUGAUUGUGAUAGGCAGAGGCAAGAGUUUCGCAGAACAAAUGGAAAAUGCACUGUCUGGGGAAAGACUCCGUCUAAGAUAGUCGCCGCAUACACUACUACCUCUGGUGAGAAAAAAACCAGCCUUCUGCUGACAUCAGGAUGGUGGGGCUUAGCUCGCCACUUCCACUAUGUUCCAGAAAUAUUAGCGGCGUUUUUCUGGAGUGUACCAGCUCUUUUCAACCACUUCAUUCCCUACUUCUACGUCAUCUUUCUAAUCAUCCUCCUUCUUGAUCGAGCCAAAAGGGAUGACGACCGAUGCAAGGCAAAGUAUGGCAAGUACUGGAAAUUGUAUUGUGAAAAGGUUCCUUACAGAGUUGUACCUGGAAUUUACUAGUGAUUUUUGGGCUGCUAAGAAUGUUUACCUUCUAACAAAAAAAUUUGAUGUGUUUUUGUAGGCUCUUGAUGUUGGUGUUUGUAUGUAUUACUUAUUAUAAACAUGUUUUUAUAAAAAUAUUUAAGAUGUGGGUUGAGCAUUA